CGAGUGUGGAGUUGGGUUUGGUGUCCGGGAUUGUGGAGAGUAAGAAGGAAGCUUCUAGUCAGAGACUUGGGUAAUGGAGAGGGAAGGAGGGAGAAGCCGUACAGUAAUUCAGCACGAACACAAACCCUCCUGUGCCGACCUGUGUAAGCUGGUCCAUUUGGUGGCUAACCAUGGCUAAUAAAAUGUUAAAGAGAACAGGACUUCCUCUGGGAUUAUGUGAGAGACUUUGGAAGUACCAGAUCAUCAACUGUCGGGAUUUCCUAUCCCUUUCAUCUCUGGAGUUGAUGCGCCACAUGGGUCAGAGUAUCAAUAAAGUGUAUGAAUUGACAAAAAUUGUCAGCAAAGCUUGUGCUCCUAAAAUGAUUACCGCACUUGAAAUGAAAAAUGAAAGAUAUUCUUGCCCUUCCUCUGCUUUUUUCCCCACUUCUCUGGCAGACCUGGAUGAGGUUCUUCAUGGUGGAUUGGCUUGUGGAACCCUCACUGAGGUGACAGGACCCUCAGGCUGUGGAAAGACUCAAUUCUGUAUAAUGUUGAGUGUGUUGGCAACCUUGCCAAUCAGCAUGGGUGGCUUGGAUGGUACAGUAAUUUACAUCGACACAGAGUCUGCUUUUAGUGCUGAAAGAUUGGUAGAAAUAGCGAGGUGCCGCUUCCCCAAUUAUUUCUGUACAGAGCAGGAACUGAUCAACAUGACCAAUAAAAUUCACCUGUACCGUGAACUCACAUGCUCAGAUGUAUUGAGAAGAGUCGAGUCCCUGGAAGAUGAUGUUAUCUCGAAAGGGGUGAAAUUGAUUGUAGUGGAUUCAGUUGCGUCAGUCAUUCGAAAGGAAUUUGACACACAACUUCAGGGUAACCUUUCAGAGCGCAGUAACCUGCUAUUGAGCGAAGCAGCUAUGCUGAAGUAUUUGGCAGAAGAAUUCUCCAUUCCGGUCAUUCUGACAAACCAAAUUACAACCAGGAUUGGUCAAAGACGAGCUGCCAACUUUAGGCCAGACUCAGUGGUGGAUAAUUUAUUGUCAUCUGAAGGUUGCGGGGUUAGCCCUGAUGGAGAAACAGGCUAUGCGACUGCAGCCUUGGGAAACACGUGGAGCCACAGUGUCAACACCAGGCUCAUUAUGCAGUAUCUGGACUACCACAGCAGGCAGAUCAUUGUUGCCAAAUCUCCACUUGCUCCAUUUGCUAUGUUUAAUUUCACCAUUCAGGAUUCAGGCCUUAUUCUUCAAGGUGAAGAUGACAGAAGCAGUUCUCAGCGUGAGGGAACAGACCCUGGACUUCAGCCUAUUAGAGUUCGUAGCUCCAUCAGCCACAGCUCUGGCAGAGACCUGUUAGUGCAAUCUCAAGCCAAACCUUGAGUAAUGCAGGAUCUGAUCAACACUUACCCACUAUACUACUAUUCUGAUCACCCGACCGGGGAGUAUUAAUUCUUGCCUGGUGAUGCAGAUUGCCAAAUGGAGGACUAUUUGAAUUACAGAGAACAGGAACACCCUGAAUUAUUCAUCUAGGAAGCCAUGUAAUGACAACACAGCGUUUGAAAAAACUAGCUUAAGACUCGUGUUGUGUAAAAUUCGUCGUGACAUGAAUGAAUCUGAGUUGUAUCACUGAAGAAUUGCCCACGGCAAUUUAUUUAAGACUCAAACCCUGACACAUCGGGUUUUCCAUUUUAAAUAAAUCUCAACACAAUUAUAA